AUGGCCUUUUCCUCCACCACACUUCUCAUCAUCACUCUCUUUUCAAUUUCUGCCACCAUACCAUUAGCGAACGCCGACCUGCUUGGUGGCGGUAUUCUUGGUGGCGUCCUCACUUGUACCAACACUUCGAUAGCCGUGGCCGGAACCUAUAGCGUGAUCCCACAAGCUAAAGUGGAUGUUGUAUGUGGAGCAGGAGGCACCUCCUUACCAACAGUGAUCAAAUCAACUCAAACUGAUACCGCCGGAGUUUAUACUUUCCUAUUCACAUCUCUUGACACCAUUUUGAAUGACCCUGGAAAAUGUUACCUAAAUGUCACACUACCACCCAACUCCUGCAUUUUGAACAUACCCACUGGAGUUCUUAGGAUCCCUGUUGUCGUGCUUAGCACAGUUGAUGCCUUGCUUGGGAAAUUUCUCGUUUUAGUUCCGGGCGCUUUGUCCUGGGUGACUCUCAUCUAA